UCGAUGUUCUUGGAUGUAUUGGCGUUUUGUUUUUCUCGAUCCUACUUUAUGAUUUGUGUUGUGAUUUUAUCGACGGACUUGAACUGUGCAUCUGUUUCUAUAAGUGUGUUUGUAGGUUCGCAAUACUGAAUGCGAUUGAUAGAUAUUGUGAUAUAGAUUGGUGAUCGAACUAAACGAUCAGUAACUAAUUGCGAUUGUGAUAUGUGUCAGUGAUAUGAUGCUGAUAUAGAUAAAAGACAGAAUUGCAGCUCGUGUGUUUUUCUGACCAUGCAAGUAGAUGAGAGUGCGAACACGAGCUGGAAACAAGCCCAACAAUCCAGAUACAGACGCAUUGCAAUACAGUACAAUUGUAAUGUGAAGAUAUCGUCUAGAUAUCGAUCAAAACAGCACCGCGGCUUGUUCGUGCGUGCGGGUAAAUAAUGUGGAGGUCGAACUCGUGAUUGAUAUAGAGUAUAGAUUAAUGGCGCCGUCACCCGUGCACCUUUGUUGCCGGCGGCCUGGGCAAGGCCAGUGGGCGGCUCGCCGAUGCAUGACGUGUGGUAUUCCCGAUUGCCGCUGACACCGGUCUGACCAGUACGUCGGAAACUAUAUAUAUGUUACUUGCGACGUAACCCUAUCAUAUAUGGUUGCUCAUACCGAGAUUGGUAAUUGCUGCAGUCGUAUUUAGUGAGGAACGAGUUGCGGUUAUUUCUGGCUGCAGCGCUGACAAAACCUUCGCAGAAAAAACGGGGGAAGUCGCUGCUGCGUCUGAGAAUGCUGCUGAUGUGCGAAUGGACUCACGCACGUGAUAUCUGCCGGACGGCAAAUACGUGUGCACGUGCCUGUGGGGUGUAAAGCCUGUUUCACCCACGGCUGGAGUGGUAUGGUGGCUCGCAACCCAGCGCGCUUGUGGGUCAAAAAUAGACGUGUGCACGUGACUCAUGCAUGCAAACGCUUGCGGGUAGCGUGUUGCGGAGGCGUACGUUCACGAUGCCCGUGGACUGCGGCUUACGCUCGGCCAGUCCGCCCUUUUACGACCUCCUCUCGUUCUCGUCGCCUAACCUCAUGAUGCCGGGCGGUGCGAUCGACAUGACCGGUUACCCGCACAACGGCUACAGCGUCUACCACCGCGCCGACUUCCCCUACGACCGCUACUGGAGCAAGGAGCCCAGCAUCGUUGCCGCACUUCCGGCAAAGUCCGCUCUCUACUGCCACCACGCCGAGGUUCCCGUCUCUGGAGAGAGAAAAGAUUUCUCGCGCGUCGUCGCGGGGCGGAGGAAGAAGCGCGUGCGAUUCGCCGACGACGACGGGCUCGCGCUCGAGACCGUGCGUGUGAUGAGCGAGCCGUCGCAGUACCCGCCGCGUCUCGACGCCGACACGCUCGCGUUGGCGCGCGCCGGCGCCGCCGCCUCGGCGACCCUCGACGAGACGUGGCGCCUCGCGUUCGAGCCGCCGGCCGCCGCCGACUACUGCGCGUUCCGGCGGUCGCUCGCGUCGGCGUCGGCGUGCCUCGAGCACGUCUCCGUGAGCGAGCACGCGCUCGCGGGCACGGCGAAGGUGCGUGACGUCGCGUACGAGAAGGACGUCGGUGUUCGCGUGACGUUCGAUUCGUGGGGAUCGCACGUCGACAUCCCCGCGUCGUACGUCAACGACGGCGGCGUCGCGAUCGCCGGCCCCGGCGGCGGCGCACACUUCAACACGUUCUCCUUCGUCGUCCACAUCCCGCCGGAGGCGGAGGACGCCGACGCUCGCAUCGAGUUCUGCGUGUACUUCCGCAGCGGAGGCGAAGAGCACUGGGACAGCAACGGUGGUGAGAACUACGUUCUGCUGCCAACGGCGAAGCAUAGACGCGCGCCGCGCGACGAUGCCCGACUCUCGCCGCACACAGACGUUCUCUUGUUGGGCGACAUCGGCCCCGACUUUGCCAUAUGGAACAUGCUGGACACGUCGCGGCCGUACUGGUAGUCGUGGCGACGCUGGGUGGUUGGCUGGCUGUCCGGUGCGACGUGCCGAGAAUUGUUCUCAAGGGAGUGAUUUUCACUUUGGAGAUUAUGCUGAGGCGGAGAUUUGGUUUCUACAGGAUGUGAUUUAUAUUUAUCGACAUAUCGCGCGUGGGCGUGCACGCGCGAGACAGUUGUUUGUAGUCGUUGAUUUCAUUCGUGUGUACAAUAGCACCGUUUGUAAUAUUCUCAGGAAGUGAGACACUGACAAGAAUUUUUGUAUACAGGCCUACUUUAGUAGCGCGUAUGUUCCACGUUGGACGUACGGAUCCCAACAUGACUGUUCUAUCUCAUUGUCAAUAGAUUUCGUUUGGUUUCGUUUUAAAAAAAAUGAAUAUGUUGUACAUACAUUAAUUUUGGUGGUUGAAAUGCGGCGUGACGUAAUGUAAGGUAUAUCUAUAGCAUGUCUGUACAUAGGGUGAGAGUGUGCAAUCAAAAGCGCCGAAACGUCUUUUUGCGAUGAAUGCGCAACAAUGCAGUGAUGCUGCAGAUUUCGAGUAGUAUUUGUGUCAAGAAUCAUGAUCGUCAUCAAUGCGGUUCUGCGGUCUCUACUGAGGCUACUGUGACUACUGUGACUAAUUUAGUUGUGUGUGUAGCGGAGGCAUGGUCCGUGUCCACUGGCCAUAGAUAUACUGCCACUACCCCCGUGUGUGAAAUGGAGGCCUGGACCGUGUCCACUAGUCGUAGAUAUACUGCCACUACCCCCGUGUGUGUAGCGGAGGCCUGGACCGUGUCCACUGGUCAUAGAUAUACUGCCACUACCCCCGUAUGGGGUUCGACGAGUUUAUUGCUAGAUGCUACUAAGCUAUAAAGUUCAGCAGAGAUGAACCGACUUUUGUGUUAGUGCACGCACGAUCGUGCGUGCAAUAUAACGUCCAAGAAUGUCGGCCAGAUGCACGGCUGUGGAAUAACCUGCCCAGGAGUUCCUGCCGCGCUGCUUCUUUCUAGGAUAUUAGGUGUUUUUUUUCUCCUACAUCGGGGACGUUUUUCACGUUGACAAUAAGGCCAGUGUGCAGUUUGCAGUGGUAGUAACGUGAGUGACUGUGGUUGGUGCAUCGUGAGCACACUGGUACCGCCCCUAAGUCGCUUCUUCCCGCAUUAGUGCAGAGUUUUCGCCGACUCGUGUUUCGCGCGCGCCUUGAUGCGUCGGCAUGUAGGAUUUGCUGUGAUCUUCCGCGUUUUGUUGCCUACAUCAGUAUCACAGUCGUUAGAGAGACUCCCGUCCCACAUUUGCUUCGUUCCGGGGAACGAAUGAACAAUCCGUGCUGAGUGACAGCGAUAAUGAAAUCUUGGUCCGGGGCAAGUAUAGAGGGCGCUGAAUCGCAAUGCCAAAUGAUGACGACCACUGUGUAAAUUAUCUGUAAAUAACAGACCGACGAAAUGUUCUUGUAUAUUUUUUAUUACUCCCACGUCUUACAUCGCGAAUCAUUUCGCAGCCUCCUCCCACUUGCAUGUUCUGCUCUUGCGGCGUUCGGUAGCUAAUAUUGUGCCCUACUUGCCAGUAUUAGUCAAGCUCGAAAUCGUUUCACGAAAUUGAAAGACCACUGGUGAUAGAUACUCUUUCAGUUUUCGUCCCCAAGUGAGGGUCACUGCUGUUUAUUAUUUACUUCAGAUGUGACUAACGCUCGCAUGUUCGCAACUAAUGAAUUUCAUUAUGCCGACAAUUUGUAAAUAUAGGACCUACGAUUUUCGCUUGCAAUUGUUUACUGGUAUUUGAUAUUAUAGUAUUGCGGUAAAUUUAUUUACCUAGUGUCGGUGCCAAAUCGGAACGGUUAGUGUUUAGAAUUUUUAUUGGGUGGAACACGUGUAUCAUCUAACAAUCUAACCUGAAGUAUUAGUAGUUGUGUAUGGUGUUGUGGAGUAUUAUUACUCUUUUCAGCUCAGUUGUAAAUGUCUUUCAAAUAAAUCCUUAUAUAUAAUGUUUGAAA